UGUUUUGUAGAUGUUUCACUGUCAUCUCCAGGAUGUCGGCUUUCUCAAGCUUGGGUUGCUGUUGGAGGAGAUUGGGGCAACGUUCAAGUUCACUCUCUGCAGCCUGCUGGAGGGAGAACUGAGACACGAGGAGGAGUACUCACAUCGAGCCUGAAGGCGCGGAUGACAGUUUCUUUCAACUGAUCCAAACAAUUGUUUAUCCGCUCGCGUCGUUUCCUCUCAAUCAGGGGCUUCCUCAGCUGCUCGGGAUUGGAAAGAAAACAAAAGACAAAGCUCAGUUAAUGGAGUUAAACAGCGAAGCGCACAGGUCCAGCAGGUGGACAGCGCACUGCCCAAGGUCUUGUGGUAACCCACCGCCAUGCCGUUCCCCUUUGGCAAGUCCCACAAGUCGCCCACAGACAUUGUCAAGAACCUCAAGGACAGCAUGACGGUACUUGAAAAGCAUGACAUCUCUGAUAAAAAGGCUGAGAAGGCCACAGAAGAAGUAUCUAAGAGCCUGGUGGCCAUGAAGGAAAUCCUGUAUGGAACUAACGAGAAAGAGCCCCAGACAGAAGCGGUGGCCCAGCUAGCCCAGGAGCUCUACAACAGCGGCUUGCUCAGCACACUGAUAGCAGACUUGCAGCUCAUCGACUUUGAGGGCAAGAAAGAUGUAGCUCAGAUCUUCAACAACAUCCUGAGGCGCCAGAUUGGCACUCGAACGCCCACGGUGGAGUACCUCUGCACCCAACAGAAUAUACUCUUCAUGUUGCUUAAAGGGUAUGAGUCUCCAGAGAUUGCCCUAAACUGUGGCAUAAUGUUGAGGGAGUGCAUCCGACAUGAACCUUUGGCCAAAAUCACACUGUGGUCGGAGCAGUUUUAUGACUUCUUCAGAUAUGUGGAGAUGUCUACGUUCGACAUUGCCUCAGAUGCAUUCGCCACUUUCAAAGACCUCCUCACGAGACACAAGCUACUGAGUGCAGAGUUUCUGGAGCAACAUUACGAAAGAUUCUUCAGUGAAUAUGAGAAGUUGCUCCACUCAGAAAACUAUGUGACAAAAAGGCAGUCUCUUAAGUUACUGGGAGAGCUGCUCCUGGACCGGCACAACUUCACCAUCAUGACAAAGUACAUCAGCAAGCCAGAAAAUCUCAAGCUCAUGAUGAAUUUGCUCCGUGACAAGAGUCGCAACAUCCAGUUUGAGGCUUUCCAUGUUUUCAAGGUGUUUGUGGCCAACCCCAACAAGACACAGCCCAUCCUUGACAUCCUACUGAAGAACCAGAGCAAGCUCAUCGAUUUCCUCAGCAAGUUCCAGAAUGACAGAACAGAGGACGAACAGUUCAAUGAUGAAAAGACUUACCUGGUCAAACAGAUUAGGGACCUCAAGAGGCCCGCCACCCAGGAGGCUUGAGGGUGGUGGCCAAGCAGGAGGGCGGAGCCAGCCAUUUCUUGACAGCGUAACGGCAUAACGCCUGCUUAACAAACCCAUCAGUUGCUGCUGUUCUGGUUUCUGGGCAAAGAAUUCAGGAAAAAAAAAAAAAACAAAGAAAA